UUGUCCAAAAGCUAUUUGAAUCACCUCCAACCAUUUAGGAUUUAGCCUUCACUGAUUUCAUUCUCAAUUAUCAGGGUACAGGCAAGAACAGAACUUGAAGAAGAACAAUGUUCUCUACAACUCCAAAUCAUCUCCUCUCCAUACCAAAAUCUCCCGGAUCUCAUCAUCACCCCAGUCUUGAAAAGCCCAGUCCAAGAUGGAGGAAGAAGUCAACCAUAAUCAGAUGCAGCUAUAGAAAGAAAGGUGAGGAUGGGAAGAUGGUGGAUUACUAUAAGUUGCUUGGUGUUUCUGUUGAUUCAAAUCCACAAGAAAUCAAGGAAGCUUAUAGGAAAUUGCAAAAGAAACAUCACCCUGACAUUGCAGGCCAAAGGGGUCAUGAAUAUACCAUAAUGCUGAACGAAGCCUAUCAUGUGUUAAUGACAGAAGAUAACAGGAGAAAUUAUAAUGCUUCUAUUGGCAGAGCAGGACUUGGAAGAGACUUUUCUGGCGUAGGAUACAGCUCUUGGAAGGGUCCCUUGAGAUCUCAGGCUCUUUUUGUUGAUGAAAAUGCUUGCAUAGGCUGUAGAGAAUGUGUGCACCAUGCAGGUAACACAUUCAUGAUGGACGACGCUCUCGGAUGUGCGCGUGUCAGAGUUCAGUUCGGAGAUGAAGACAAACAGAUUGAGGUAUCGCUUGAUUCAUGCCCUGUAAACUGCAUCCAUUGGGUGGAUAGAGAAGAGUUGCCAGUGCUUGAAUUCCUUAUCCGUCCUCAACCAAAAGAAGCAUAUGGUGUCUUUAGCGGCGGGUGGGAAAGACCCUCAAAUGUGUUUGCUGCAGCCAAGUUCUUCAAUAAGCAACUGAAACAGCAGAAUCAUCAUCAUAAUCAGAGAAGAGCACAAGGGCCUGCUGACGAAGAGACCACAGCCCAGGUGAAGGCUAGAGCUAUGGCAAGUAUCAAGUUAAAGAUGGAUCAACUUUCAAGACUUGGGUCUUGGAUGAGAGACCUCUUUGGGUAUAGCAGAUGAAAUCAAAGGCAAAAUUGCAGGUUAUGGAAGCCCAUAGACAAGUGAUUAGAAUUGGAUAGCCACCAGAAAAUGCAAGCUGUUUUCUCAUUUACAAGGGAUACAUGAAAGAUAUAUAUAUAUAGCACACACAGAAAGAAAGGUUGAUGGAGGCCAUUUACAUGUUACAUACUUACAUCCCCUAUAUGUACACAUAAUGUCCAUUUGUACAGAUAUCCUAGACCAAGUUUCUAAUUCAAGUUAUAUUUGUUCAUGAUCUGGUUGAUAUAAAUAUACCUCUUUCUUUUA